AUGUCUGCUUUAUUAAAAGAAACAUUUGCUAGAUGCAAAAAAGAAGGACGCAAGGCCUUGGUAAACUUUAUCACCGCUGGUUUCCCAACUAUUGAAGAUACCGUGCCAAUCUUGAAAAACAUGCAAGAAGCCGGUGUAGAUAUCAUUGAAUUGGGUGUUCCUUUCUCAGAUCCAAUUGCUGAUGGUCCAACUAUUCAACAAGCUAAUAAUGUUGCCUUGGAAAACGGAAUCACUGUUCCAAAAGUUUUACAAUUGUUAUCUCAAGCAAGAGAACAAGGUGUCACUGUCCCAAUUAUCUUGAUGGGUUACUAUAAUCCAAUUUUGAAAUAUGGUGAACAAAAAUUCUUAAAAGAUGCCGCUGAUGCCGGCGCUAGCGGUUUCAUUGUUGUUGAUUUACCACCAGAAGAAGCCAUUAAAUUCAGAACUGAAUGUGCUCAACAUGGUUUAUCUUAUGUUCCAUUGGUUGCUCCAGCAACUUCUGAUGAAAGAUUGAAAACUUUGGGUCAAAUUGCCGAUUCUUUUAUUUAUGUUGUUUCUAAAAUGGGUACUACUGGUGCUUCUACUAAAGUUUCUUCAGGUAUAGAAGAAUUAUGUGCCCGUGUCAGAAAAUUUGCUGGUGAAGAUACCCCUUUGGCAGUUGGUUUUGGUGUUUCAACAAGAGAACAUUUUGAAACAGUGGGUCAAGUUGCUGAUGGUGUUGUCAUUGGUUCCAAGAUUGUGACCUUAAUUGGUGAAUCCAAACCAGGUGCUAGAGGCCAAACCGCUUAUGAUUAUGUUAGAUCCAUUUUGGGUGAAGAUUUCAAACCAAGUUACCCAGCUUCUUUUGAAAGAAGUAAUGCUGAUGCUUCAAAAGAAACCAAAGCUGUUUUGGAAGAAACCCACAAAUACAAUCCAAAAUUCGGUGAUUUUGGUGGUCAAUAUGUCCCAGAAGCUUUGCACACUUGUUUACUUGAAUUAGAAAAAGGAUUUGAAGAUGCCGUUGCUGAUCCUCAAUUCUGGAAAGAUUUUAGAGAUUUGUAUUCUUACAUUGGUAGACCAUCUUCCUUGCAUAAAGCAGACAGAUUGACUGAACAUGCUGGAGGUGCUCAAAUCUGGUUAAAGAGAGAAGAUUUGAACCAUACUGGUUCUCAUAAAAUCAACAAUGCUUUGGCUCAAGUUUUAAUUGCCAAGAGAUUGGGUAAGAAAAAGAUUAUUGCUGAAACUGGUGCUGGUCAACAUGGUGUUGCCACUGCUACUGCUUGUGCCAAAUUUGGUUUGGAAUGUACUGUUUUCAUGGGUGCUGAAGAUACCAGACGUCAAGCUUUGAAUGUUUUCAGAAUGAAAAUUUUAGGUGCCAAUGUUGUUGCCGUUAAAAAUGGUACUCAAACUUUAAGAGAUGCCACUUCUGAAGCAUUUAGAUUCUGGGUUUCUAAUUUAGAAACAACUCAUUAUGUUGUUGGUUCCGCUAUUGGACCUCAUCCUUACCCAACUUUAGUUAGAACUUUCCAAAGUGUUAUUGGUCAAGAAACCAAAGAACAAUUUAAAGAAUUAAACAAUGGUAAGUUGCCAAACGCUGUUGUUGCCUGUGUUGGUGGUGGUUCCAAUUCUACUGGUAUGUUUUCUCCAUUUGAACAUGAUACUGAAGUUAAAAUGUUGGGUGUUGAAGCAGGUGGUGAUGGUUUAGAUACCGAUCGUCAUUCUGCUACUUUAACAGCAGGUAUUCCAGGGGUUUUCCAUGGUGUUAAAACUUAUGUUUUACAAGAUGAUGAUGGUCAAGUUCAUGAUACUCAUUCUGUUUCUGCUGGUUUAGAUUAUCCAGGUGUUGGUCCAGAAUUGGCUUAUUGGAAAAGUACUGGUAGAGCUGAUUUUAUUGCUGCUACUGAUGCUCAAGCUUUAGAAGGUUUUAGAUUAUUAUCUCAAUUAGAAGGUAUUAUUCCUGCUUUAGAAAGUUCUCAUGCUAUUUAUGGUGGUGUUCAAUUGGCUAAAUCUUUACCAAAAGAUCAACAUAUUGUUAUCAAUGUUUCCGGUAGAGGUGACAAAGAUGUUCAAUCAGUUGCUGAAGUAUUACCAAGAUUGGGUGAACAAAUUGGUUGGGAUUUGAGAUUCGAAGAAGAUCCAUCUAAAUAA